AUGAUAGAAAGAACCUCUGAAAGAAGGAUAGUUAUUAUUGGAGUGAAAAGAAGAAAUGCAGAUACGUUAAUUCCAUUAAUUCUUUCUCAUGUACAUCAUAAUUCAGCCAUUUUAACAAAUGCUGGCGAAAAUGUACAAAUAUAA